AAAGCACUGGUCGCUGUAUAUGAACAAAUCAGCUGAUACGAUUCAAAACAAUACUAAAAAAUUUUUUUAAUUGAUAAAAUGUUUUGUAAAAAUGUUAAAUUUUUUAAUUUAAUAGUAAAAGGCUUUAAUUCUUUUUCGAGAAAUAUGUCAGCCCAACCACCUCGUCGCGCAAUUCUUUACGUGCCUGGGGAUAAUGAAAAACUAAUCCAAAAGGUUUUAACAAUCCCAUCAGUCGAUUGUGUAGUUUUUGACUGUGAAGAUGGAGUGGCGCAUAAUAGGAAGGAGGAUGCACGGAAUCGAAUUAAAAAAAUUUUCAAUCAUGACCUUCCAAAUUUAAAGAAUAUUAGACGAGAUUGGGCUGUUAGAGUUAAUUCUUUAAAAUCUGGCCUGUUAGCGAAUGAUUUGGAAACAAUUUUUAGUGAAACCAACCCUUUGCAAAAUCCUAAGACAAUAUUUCUUCCAAAAGUAGAUAAGCCUGAAGACGUAGAAGAAUUUUCUGCCUUAUUAACAAAAGUCGUUGGCAAUCAAAAUGAACGUAUUAACCUUAUAUUUUAUUGCGAGUCAUGCGAGUCUGUGUUAAAUAUUAAGGACAUUUGUAAAAAAUUGAAACAUCUAAGUUCGUCAGAAUGUAACUUUAUGCCGGCCGGGAUUGUUUUUGGAAGUGAUGACUUUUUGGCAAACCUAGGGGCAACUCGGGACGUGUCAGAUUCUUCUAAUAUAUUAUAUGCAAGACAAAAAAUUGUUUUGACUGCUAAAGCGUUUGGAUUACAAGCUAUAGAUAUGGUAUAUAUCAACUUUAAAGACUUAGAUGGUUUGAAAUUGCAAUGUUUAGAAGGUUCAAAGAUGGGUUAUACAGGAAAGCAAACAAUUCAUCCUGCUCAGGUACCGAUUGUUCAAGAAGCUUUUAUGCCUGCCAAACACAAAGUUGAAUGGGCUAAAAAAUGUUUAGAUGCUUAUAAAGAACACCAAAAUCUUGGGAAAGGUGCUUUUGUAUUUGAAAAUCAAAUGAUUGAUAAUCCAACUGUGGAACAAGCGAUAAAUAUACUGAAACUAGCCGAAUUAACCAACAAAAGAAAUUGAAUCUAAAAUAAUUUAAUUAUGUUCAAUUAAAGGCAAUUUGUCUUUUCAUAAAACCCUAACAAUUUUUUUUAUUUAACUCAGAU